AUUUAAAAUUUCCAACUCCGCCUCAUCUCCUUUCAUUCCCCAUUCUCCACAAGCAUCAAUCUCCGCCGCCGCCGCCCAUCCUCGAGCACCAUUCCCGCAACCGCCUCCGCCUCCGAGUCCGACUCCAGCGAGCGAGCGCGACCAGCGACAGCGAUCCAUGGCCCUCCGCGCGCUCGACAACACGAUGCCCGCCGCCGUCGAGGAGCGGCCCAAGAAGGUGGCUAAGGUGGGCGUCCCCGCCGCCGCCGCCGCCGUCAAGGCCACCUCGCCCGGGAGCGGCGACAAGAAGAAAAAGAAGGGGAACGACGAGAACUCGGCGCCCAGGGCCACGACCGCGGCGGCGGAGCAGGCCGUGGAGUACAUCCCGUCGGAGGAGCUGGCGGCGGCGGCCAGCCCCAAGGCCAAGGCCGCGGGGCUGGUCGCGGACCUGGACUCCAAGGACUGGGUCAAGACCUGCGAGGCGCUUAACGACGCGCGCCGCCUCGCGAUCCACCACCCCGCGCUCCUCAACCCGAUCCUAGAGAAGGUGGUGCUGGCGGUCGUGAAGACGAUGAAGAGCCCCCGCAGCGCGGUGCUCAAGACGUCCAUCAUGGCCUGCGCCGACAUCUUCAGCUCCUUCGGCAACCUCCUCUCCUCCGUCUCCGACGACGCCUUCGACAAGCUGCUGCUCCAGCUCCUGCUGAAGGCGUCCCAGGACAAGCGAUUCGUGUGCGAGGAGGCCGAGAAGGCGAUGCGCGCGAUGGCGGCGUCGAUGCCGCCGCUGCCGCUGCUGAAGAAGCUCAAGGCGUACGUCCACCACGCCAACCUUAGGGUCAGGGCCAAGGCCGCCGUCGCCAUCUCCCACUGCGCCGCCCGGAUGGACAUCGAGGCGAUGAAGGAGUUCGGGAUGUCAGCUCUGCUGCAGGUGGCGGCGGAGCUGCUGAACGACCGUCUACCGGAGGCGAGGGAGGCCGCCCGCGGCGUGGUUUCGUCGAUGCACGCGGCGUUCGCCAAGGAUGCCGCCGCCAGUGGCCAGGAGGACGACGCGGCCGCGUCCUGGGAGAGCCUCUGCUCGCUCAGCCUCCCGCCCAUCUCCGCGGUGGCCGUCGCUAAGAUCACCGCCUCCUCCUCCUCGUACGGCCGAGCACGUUCGUUUCGUUCGUUCCCCGGCCUGUCACUGCCAAAGUGCCCAGUGGGUUCAAUCAUUCGCCGUGUGAGAGUGAGAACCAGCACGAGCAGCAACAUUCGUAGGCGACCAGCUGAUCUGCGGCUGAUUGCUUGCUUCAAGGAAUCGGAAUCCUCCUCCAGUCCUCCUCUCUUAUCCAAAUAUACCACUCGUGAGUCCGUGACCCGUCUGCGUCACGCAGAUUGUCUACUUCCACGAGCGUCCAUGGACGGGAGCAGCAGCAAGGUGGUUGAGCUCAAGCCGCACGGCGACGUCGCGGAGGAGGACCCCGCCCGUCGCGGCGGUCCGGGGACGGAUGAAGCCGAUGACAACGAGAAGGCGCCUCGCCGGAGCAGGCGGGUUGCUUCCCUCGACGUCUUCCGCGGCCUCACCGUCGCGCUGAUGAUACUGGUGGACGGAGCCGGCGGCGAGUGGCCGGUCAUCGGGCACGCGCCGUGGAAUGGCUGCAACCUCGCCGACUUCGUCAUGCCCUUCUUCCUCUUCAUCGUCGGCAUGGCCAUUCCCCUCUCCCUCAAGAGGAUCCCAGACCGUGGCCGAGCCGUGAGAAGAGUAGUCAUAAGAACACUGAAGCUGCUCUUCUGGGGCAUCCUGUUGCAAGGCCGUUACUCCCAUGCUCCGGACGAACUGACUUAUGGAGUCGACAUGAAGCACGUAAGAUGGGGUGGAAUCCUCCAGAGGAUCGCUCUUGCGUAUUUGGUGGUUGCAGUUCUAGAGAUUGUCACAAAAGAUGCAAAGAUUCAGGAUCAGUCAAGUUCAGGUUUCUCUAUAUUCAGAAUGUAUCUUUCUCAAUGGAUUGUUGCAUGCUGCAUCCUAGUGAUCUACCUGGCCCUUGUCUAUGGGAUUUACGUUCCUGAUUGGGAGUUCAGAGUGCGCAAUGUUGACAGCCCAAACUACGGGAAAGUGUUGACGGUGACGUGUGGUACAAGGGGGAUAUUAGACCCUCCUUGCAACGCUGUAGGUUACAUUGACCGCAAAGUCCUCGGCAUCAAUCACAUGUACCAGAAACCAGCAUGGAGAAGGCACAGGGCCUGCACUGAUGAUUCCCCACACGAGGGUCAUUUCAGAAACGAUGCCCCGGCAUGGUGUGUUGCGCCAUUCGAACCUGAAGGGAUACUAAGCUCACUCUCUGCGGUGUUGAGUACGAUAAUCGGUGUUCACUAUGGGCAUGUGCUUGUCCACAUGAAGAGUCAUACAGACAGGCUGAGGCAGUGGGUAACCAUGGGAAUAUGUCUUCUUGUUCUCGGAAUCAUUCUACACUUUUCACAUGCAAUUCCACUAAACAAGCAGCUCUACACAUUCAGUUAUAUCUGCGUCACUGCUGGGGCUGCCGGAGUCGUCUUCUCCGUACUCUACUUCUUGGUUGACAUCGUGAGCCUGCGCUACGUCUUCGCGCCGCUGCAGUGGAUCGGCAUGAACGCGAUGCUGGUGUACGUGAUGGCCGCUGAAGGCAUCUUCGAGGGGUUCCUCAACGGGUGGUACUACGAGGGCACCAACAACACUCUGGUUUACUGGGUGAGGAAGCACGUGUUCGUGAAGGUGUGGCACUCCACCAGGGUGGGCAUCCUCCUCUACGUCCUCUUCGCGCAGAUCCUCUUCUGGUCGCUCGUCUCCGGCGUCCUCCACCGCGCUGGUCUCUACUGGAAGCUCUAGCGAGGAUCAUACACAUAGUCACAUACACAGACAGUAGCAUUAGCAUGUUCUUGUUUGAAUCGUAUUGGAACUGCACAUGAUACCUCAAACUCAAAAUCAGAUGUAUAUUUACAAGCGAAGUCAGUGUCUCGGUUGUCGGUAGUAAAUCACAUGCCUGAAUCA